CUAUUACAAACACACACACACACACACACACACACACACACACACACACACACAAUAACCCUCUUUCUCCCUUUUUCCCUUUAAUUUCUUAAAAGCUUCAUAUUUUACCAUAGGCUGCCAUUGUAGUGCCAAAUUCAUUAAGACAUUACAUAAAUUAUAGCUAACUAGACGUUUUUCCGUGGAGUUUGGGUAGAUUUUAGUGUCCAAAAGCUUUGAAAUGAAGUACAAUAAAUUUGAUUUAUAAGUGAAGUGGCUGUCUUAUAAGAAGUCAAUGUAAAAAUGCCUUCUCGGGUAAACUUAAUUCCAACUCAUUCAAGUUAGAAUAUUUAAAUAACAUACUGUAUGUCAUACUAAAACUGUAUGUUAAAUAUAAAUAUACAAUAAAAGAAAAAUAAUAGUUUGUAAAAUUGUAACUUAAGUCUGUUCUUUGCUGAAAUGGGUUCAACAACAUUAAUUUUAAACUCAUAUUACUUCUUUUUUUUUUUUUUUACAUUCUUUUUUACAGAAACCUCCAUGGUAAUUAUGAGGAUAUAAGAUAAGUGGACUCUAAGGACCAAGAUGAAUAUCAAUGGUAAAUACUACUCACUUUAGUUCAUACUGUUUAUAGCUAAAAAUAAAUCUGUGAUAUAGAAUAAAACCUCUAGGCACUUAUUUUUGGUGCUGAUGGUAAUGAACGAAAGUAGGUAUUAGGAUCAGAGCCAGCUGGAUUAAAAUGGCUAACAGGGCUAAGUCCUCCAUGUGUUAAAAGGGAUUUUUUUUUUUUUUUUUUUUUUUACAAAAAUAACGCUCAAUUUUUGACCACAUCAUCUUAUUUGCUUAUAGCCUUAUAGUAGAUUAUUUUUUUUAUGCUUUUGUGGAACCAAAAACAACAGCACUACCAAUAGUCAGACGUAUAAAUACACAGAAUGAUAUGAAGUAGAAGCUGGGGCUGAUUUCUUUCUAGCCCAGACUGUAUAUUCACUCAGCCUAUUGCUGAAUGUUAUGUCAGGUGAUUAUGUUCUGAGAAACACUCCUCUAGUGUGUUUGGGUUCAUUUAAAUAACCCCACUUCGCUGACAUAUCCAUAGUGCUCAUGCGAGGUACAAUAGAGGGUGUAAUAAACAUGAAUAAGCUGGAUUACUUUCUCGAUCACUGAUUUUUCAAAAUGUCUUUGAAACAAGAAGGAAAUGGACUAGGCAAACAAUGUCCAAUCAGAACUGUUUUGAAUGAUGCCUUAAUGCAAGUGCAGAUUUUUCAGUUUACUGUGCAUGCUAUCUGGAAAAGGCACAACAUUAUAAUGGACUUGAAACAACUGACUUAAAAAUAGCAGUGGCAAUACCAACGCUACAAGUUUCACACAUACGGGUUUCAUAAUAGUAAUGCCAAGUUAAUGACCAACUUCGGACCACCUGUUAGCCAUGGUAACUGCUUAAGUUCCUGGCUUUAUUAUUUACUCAUCUCAAAUUAUUCAGCAGUUACAGUAAACUGAUAGUAGGCAGAUUUAAGAGUGUGAAUAGUAAAUGUGGACCUGGAGAUUCUGGACAUGGUCCUGCAAGGUUUUGAUAUACAUUUUUGGUUUUCCAAUAUUUUUUUCCUCUUUAGAUCCUACAGUACUGUUGACCCUUCUGAGUCUGACCAGAGAAUUGUUAGGCUGCCCGUCAAUCUGCACCUGUAACAGCACCUACACCGACUGCAGCAGCCGCAAUCUCCUGCUUUCCUUCAACUUGAUUUCCAGCCAACUUCCCUUUAACGUCACCACCCUCAACCUCUCCAGAAAUGGCAUCACACUAAUAGAUCCAGGAGCCUUUGCCAACCUCAGCAGCCUGCUGCAACUGGAUAUCUCCAGAAACCAGCUCCUGACCCUCCACCCCUCCACCUUUUACCCGCUGAGCAGCCUGGAGUGUCUAGACCUUUCCAGCAACUUCCUGGAGAACCUUCCGGUAGAUCUUUUCUCUGAGCUCAGCAACCUCAGAGAGCUUGUUUUAAGGGACAACAGGUUGACGGAAGUAAACUCCAAACAGUUUCAGAGUCUGGCUGAACUCCAGCACCUGGACCUGUCCUUGAACGGCCUGGCCGCUAUGUCACUGGAUCUCCUGAAUGGACUGCAGGGCUUGGAGUGGCUCUCGUUAGCUGGUAAUAAGCUAAGUACGAUUCCGAGAUCGAUACUGGAGCCACUCACUGUGCUACAGCACCUCCUGCUGAAGGGAAAUCAGUGGAACUGCAGUUGCAGUCUAGUGCCAUUCAGACACUGGGUGGAAUGGAUGUUAUAUAGAGGUGGCCAAGUGGACUCUAUAGAGUGCUCUCUUCCUGCAAUCCUACAAGGCCGUGACCUCCGCAUCAUCCCUAUGGACAUGUUCAAACACUGUUCCCAGCUCCCCUCCUCAGACAUGAGGACCCCUCCUUCAUCCUGUAUAACCACAACCGAGGGUCUCAUCAUCUCCACUGACUCAACAGCAGCCUGUCUUGAGCAGCGUCCCCGUGCUGGGAACCUGCGCCAAGCAAAUACCACCUUGGUGCUGGCCAGGCUGGUGUGUGGUGUGGUGUGGCUGAUGAUGGUAGUGGUGGCCAUGUACGGCUGCAUCUAUGCCAUGAUGGCGGCCAAAUAUAAGCAGGAACAUCUCAAGAGGAGCCUGCUGCUCCAAAAACGGCUACUGACAGAAGUGAAUGAGCCAGAGGUCGAGCAUGAGAAGGAGGAGGAUGAGAAAGAAAUGGAGUCUGGUUUUGAUAAAGGAGUUUAGGCUAGAGAGCACACAGAGUGGAUGGUGUUGCCACCAGAAGUCUGCUUUUGAGGAGAUACUUGUAGGCCAUCACUAAACGUAAAUGUCUGUUCUGCUGAUUCAUUCAGUUGAUUGAAGCUUUUAUUCAAAUUAACAUUACAAAUAAAGUAGAAUGCAAUCCAAACAUAUUAAGGAGGAGGUGAAGAUUAGAUGAAUUGCUCAAGAGCUCAAAAAUUGAGGAUUUAUAGUAAGUGACCUGUCCUGAGAUUUAAUGUCAUAACCUUCCACUCCCUACCUCAGAACCUCAACCACUGAGCAACCUUCAUCAGCUACAUCAUUUACAUUCCUCAUUCUCCUGUAAUACAGUCCUAUUUGUGUAUAAAGAGAUAAAGUACAUCUCCAGUCUUGGUGAAACUGUAUAUCACAUCCUUUUCUUUCAUAAUUGUAGAUUUGUCUACAAAAUAUCACAAUCUUUUUAAUCAAUUUUUUAUUGAA